AUGGCGUGGGCGAAGUUCUUGCGGAAGCCUGCGGGUAACCUUGGAAAAGUGUAUCAGCCUGGAAGUAUGUUGUCCUUGGCCCCUACCAAAGGCUUGUUAAAUGAGCCAGGACAAAACAGUUGCUUUCUAAACAGUGCUGUACAGGUUUUAUGGCAGCUUGACAUAUUCCGACGGAGCUUAAGAGGUCUAACUGGACAUAUCUGUCAGGGAGAUGCCUGCAUAUUUUGUGCUUUAAAGACAAUAUUUGCACAGUUUCAACACAGUCGAGAAAAGGCACUCCCAUCAGAUAAUAUGAGGCAUGCCUUGGCUGAAAGCUUUAAAGAUGAACAUCGUUUUCAGCUUGGCUUAAUGGAUGAUGCAGCAGAAUGCUUUGAAAAUAUACUUGAGAGAAUUCAUUUCCACAUUGUGCCAAGCUGUGAAACAGACAUGUGCACUUCUAAAUCCUGCAUCACUCAUCAGAAGUUUGCUAUGACACUAUAUGAACAGUGUGUAUGCCGUAGUUGUGGGGCGUCAUCAGAUCCCUUGCCUUUUACAGAAUUUGUGCGCUACAUUUCUACAACAGCCCUGUGCAAUGAAGUUGACAGAAUGAUGGAAAGGCAUGAGCGUCUCAAGCCAGAAAUGUUUGCAGAAUUGCUACAGGCAGCAAAUACUACUGAUGACUUCAGGAAGUGCCCUAGUAACUGUGGUCAAAAAAUAAAAAUCCGUCGUGUUCUCAUGAACUGCCCUGAGAUUGUGACAAUCGGUUUAGUCUGGGAUUCGGAACAUUCUGACCUGACCGAAGAUGUCAUGCGGAAUCUGGCAACACAACUUUAUCUUCCUGGGCUGUUCUAUAGGGUUACAGAUGAACAGGCCAAGAACAGUGAACUUUUUCUUGUGGGGAUGAUUUGCUACACGAGUCGACAUUACUGUGCCUUUGCCUUUCAUACCAAGAGUUGCAAGUGGGUGCUGUUUGAUGAUGCUAAUGUGAAAGAGGUUGGAACAAAAUGGAAAGAUGUGGUCUCCAAGUGCAUUCGAUGUCACUUUCAGCCAUUGCUGCUAUUUUAUGCUAACCCAGAUGGUACACCUGUAUCGACAGAAGAUGCCCCAAAGCAUAUAAUUCACUGGUCUCAUUACAAAGCAGCUGCAGGAGAUGACUUGGGAUUUGAGAAGUCAUCCGUUCCAAAGUCAGAUCUCACAAAAGAGAAUGGAUUUGGAGAAUGUGCUAGUCAGAAGAGCAUUAAAAAAUUUGAGACAGACAAUUCAGCCUUCAGUAGAAGCCAUAUUCAAGCAAGUGGUGGUAGAGUGCCAGUUAAGUUAGGGCACAGUGAUCAGAAGGACAAAUUAAAGGACAUCUCCAAAGAGUGUGCCCAGAAGGCAGUUGAUAUGAGAAACUUUUCAUCCUACCUAAGAAAAGAUGCAGAUAGAGGAUCAAGAAGAGACUCUGGGAGACAAAGAGAUCUAAUAGGGGAAGACCGCUCUCAUUUUAAGUCAGGAUCACCUCCUGCUAGAAAUGGAUUUAGACACUACACUGAUCAGCGCCUAUAUGGUAGCCAGGGAAGAGGACCUUACAAACAUGAAAGAGUACCAAACCAAACCAGGCCUGCUGCACAGGUCUUAGGGUCAAAUAAAAGAGAAGUUUUUCCUGCUGGGGAAAAAAUGAUGAGCAGGGUUAGGGCUGACAGUGCCACUGGCUAUGAUACAGACAGCAGCCAAGACUCUAGGGACAAAGGAAGUAUCAGCAGAAGCAGAAACAGAGGUUGGAAGCCUAUGCGAGAGACACUAAAUGUGGACAGCAUUUUCAAUGAGACUGAGAAGAAGCAGCAUAGCCCACAACAUAAGGCAAAUCCAAGCAGUAAACCUAAACAUGAAAAGGAGCAGAGCUUUAACAAUUGGCCAAAAGAGAACCAAACCCAGAAAGGGUUAAUGACUAUUUAUGAAGAUGAAACAAAACAGGAGACAGGAAGUCGGAGUUCCUUGGAUUCAGAAGGAAAAGGAAAUACUGAGAAAAUUAAAGGAUUUACAGAGAGAAAAGUCCAUGCUGACAGUUGGCAGAUGCAAAGGACUGAGUCUGGGUACGAAAGUAGUGAUCAUAUCAGCAAUGAAUCUGCCAAUCUGGAUUCGCCUAUUGUUGAAGGAACUAGCCCACUGGACAUCAAGGGUAUUAAAGAAACUGUUUCCUGCAGUGACCAGAAUCUGUCGAUCAAAUAUGCUGAAAGUGUGUUGCAGUCUACCUCCCAGCAGAACAGAAACUAUUUUGAUGACUUGAGGAAAGACCAAAUGAAUAUGGAAGCUAAUUACAGACCACACACUAACUUUCCUUCAGAAUCUCAAUUGCAGAUGCACAGUCCUCCACUGAAGAGAGCAGAGAUGCCACACAAGAAAAUAUUCCCUUCAUCGACUCUACAGCCAAAUUUUAAGGACCAUGUUAAGAGAGAAACAAAGAUCGGCAAGUUAAAUGAACAGAGCUCUUCAGAGUGGCUUAAUCCAGAUAAAUUUGAGAAGAUCAGUAUGCCAGUGUACAGUGCUGAAAGUUCAGCCCACCCUUAUAACACUGAACUCUCAGUUGUGUGUGGAAAGAGAGUGAACAACAAUGAAUUUCUCUCAUCAUCUCCGCUGCAGUCUCCUCAUACAAGAACUCUUGGAUCAAAGUCAGGGCUUGAAUCUUUAGUUCAGCAGAAUCUGUUAGAACAGUCCCAUACGGAGCUGUCCUCAUCUGGUGAACGUGCUGUUCAGUCAUUCGGUAGGACUAAUAAUCUUCAGAUUCCAGAAGUAAUUUACCAAAAUCUUCCACCUCCUUUACCUCCAAAGAAAUAUACUCUGAAUGUUUCGCUAGGAUCAAAAAAUGAAUCUACAGCUGAUGUAACAUUGCCAGAAGUGUUACAGAGUAAUCCUUCAGGUUUUGAAAGGCAAACAGCUAUCGCUUCAAAAUCUGCAUCAGAAGGUGCAUUUACAAAUGAAGAAAGAUUUAAAGAAACAUUUCAAGGGAAUGAUCACACCAUUCACAAACUGGAUUUCGCACCUAAGUCAUCAGUUAAUGACUGUCAGACUGUAUCUGGCAGUAUAUGUAAUACAGGAUCUCAGCACACAGGACCAAGUGUUAGCUCUCCUGAUGCAAAUGAUAGUGUAUCUCUAACAACCUAUUUUUCAGUAGAUAGCUGCAUGACAGAUACAUACAGGAUGAAAUACCAUCAGAGACCCAAGCUGUAUUUUGCAGACAGUGGCUUUCACAAAGAUGAGCAUCUACCACCAACUGGAAUAGACCUGGGCAUUGUAUACCCUGGUACUCUUGAUUCUAGUCAUCCAACAUCUGAACAGAGAUACAAACCUAGCAUAGAAGGAAUACAUUGCAACAGGUAG